GUAUCAUCAGUGCAGUAAAAAUAUUAGAAUAAGGGUGGUUGUCAACAUGAUACGGACUUUUUGACCAGACUAAAACUGUCAGGGAUGUGUGAAAGCAUAACUUUGUCCUUACCGAGGACAAGAUGCGAAAAUGUCCGCGUAUUAUUUUCACGAAUUCGACUUCUCUUCGGAGUUUCUGUGGAUCCGUGUCCCGAUAUAAUUUCUCAUGAACAGGGUCCAAGUCAAAGAAACGUGAUGACAGCAGGCAAAAUAACAGCAGAAAGCUCACAAUUCACACUCUCUGUAAUCGAAGGUGGUCAUGACCAGUUAAAUAAAGCUAAGGACUACCUGCUGUCUGCGUGCUCGGAGGCAAGCACGCGGUGCGAGCGCCGCUGCCAGUACGCGUCCGACGUCUUCCAGCGCCUGGUGCCCAUGCGCGACGAAGUGGAGCGGGAGUCGAGCGCCCUGGUUCGCUUCGAGCCGGCGGAUAGCCAGGCGGUGGUGAGCGGACAGGAGCGGAACGUCCUGGCGGCUAUCCGCUUCCUGGACGCCAAGGCGCAGGACAUAGCGCUGGCCAAGGCGAAGGGCCGGACGUGUGCGGACCCAGACUUCUCCCUCAUCAGCCAGGCCGGGACGCAGUCUAGAGAGGUAUUCAGACAAGGGCGAAACCUCGAAUCCGAAGACUCGAGUUACGAUUCCGACUACGAAAUCGCGGAGACCGCCGGAACCCCCCAAAGUGAAACUCCUUCCGGGGGCGCCGAUCAGUUCGACCCCCACCACGACGAUGUCAGUCGGACGGUCUCGGACACUCUGGCCGCCGAAUUCGCCGAGUACGUCACUCGGGACCCGAACGUGGACGACAGCAGCCGACUGGACGCGAUCCUUGCCGACCCGAACUACACGAGUCGAGUCGAGUUCGCACUCAAGCUCGGCUACACAGAGAGCCAGGUCCAGAUCGCGCUCCAGAAGCUGGGGACGAACCCGAGCCAAAACGAGCUGCUGGCCGAGCUGAUCAAGCUGGGUGCCGCCUCGGCGGGCUUCUUCCAGCCCCCUUCUCCGCCCCGCAAACCUGGGGACGAGUCUUCAGCCGAACCGGAGGGCUACGAGGGAUAUGUCGCCGAGUCACUCCAGGAUGAUCCUUCGAACCUGCGGCAUAUCGUGAUUGAUGGGAGUAAUGUUGCUAUGAGGUGA